CCGGCACGCCACGGAGACUCUGCGUGGUAGGGCGGUCGGGGUGCACAGACUCGCACGCUCGCUCCGUGCACAGGCAGUGGCUUCAACUCGGGCUGUGCUGAAUCGGGGGUGGGGUUCGGGGGGGUUCGGAACGAGUUGGGACCCCUGAACAGCUGAGCAGAGCUGAGAGGAGCCGAGACCAUGGACGCGAGACGCAGGAGCGUGGGAAGAGUGAUCUUUGUGACCAGCGUGGGAUCCUGUCUGCUCGUCAUCUUCUACUUCCAAAUGGUGCACAAGGGGCCCGGCAUCGGGGAAUACUGGAGCCGGAAGGGUGAUCAUCGGGGCUCGGGAGCAAACUCCUUCAGCCAGGAGGAGUUCGAGAGCAUGCUCGCGAUCCACGAGCGACGGCGCGUGGCUCUCCAGCGCGCCUGCGAGGCCACCGACGGCUCCUCCUCCUCCUCCGCCUCCUCCCCGGGCGUCGCCGCGUACGACGCCGACGACCCCGGCGACCCCGACGCGGCGGAGACGCCGCCGCUGAGCCCUGAGAGCCUGCGCCACCUCCUCGUGGACGACGAGCACCGGCUGCUCUACUGCUACGUGCCCAAGGUGGCGUGCACCAACUGGAAGCGCGUGCUGCUCGUGCUGACGGGCCAGAGCGGCGGCACGCGCGACCCGCUGGGCAUCCCCGCGGCGCGGGCGCACGUGCAGGGCACGCUGCGCUCGCUCGCCGAGUUCCCGCCGCGGGAGGCGCGCCGGCGCCUCGCCUCCUACGUCAAGUUCAUGUUCUCGCGCGAGCCCUUCGAGCGCCUCGUGAGCGCCUACCGCAACAAGUUCACGCAGGCCUACAACACGGCCUUCCACCGGCGCUACGGCACGCGCAUCGUGCGCCGGUACCGCGCCAACGCCACGGCCGAGGCGCUGGAGGGCGGCGACGACGUGAGCUUCGGCGAGUUCGUGCGCUACCUGCUCGACCCGCGCACCGAGCCGUUCAACGAGCACUGGGAGCUGGCGAGCUCGCUGUGCAGCCCGUGCCGCGUGCGCUACGACGUCAUCGGGCGCUACGAGACGCUGGAGAGGGACGCGGCGUUCGUGCUGCGCAGCGCCGGCGCCGACCGCCUCGUGGGGUUCCCGGCGUUCCCCAAGCAGACGAGGACGACCAACGAGAUGACGGCCAAGUUCUUCGAGAACAUCACGGCCGAGGACCAGGUGCGGCUCUACGAGCUCUACCGCCUCGACUUCCUCCUCUUCAACUACUCCGUGCCCGGCUACCUGAGGACGCAGUGAACGGGAUGCGGGCACGGAGCCGCGAGAAGGGGGAUGAAGUCGGGGGGGUGAGGAGGGGGGGGGAGUGAAGGGGGUGCGGGCGCAACCGUUAUUUAUUUGUUCCGUGCAAAGAUACAAAGGAAGCAAAGCAAGCGGCGUCUCAUGACACCGACUGUUUAGCAGCUCGGUGCGAUUCAGAGUGGUAAUUGACGGCGCCAUCUGGUUGGGGGCACUCGUUUACCAAGCGGGGCGCAAUCAACGCCGCCAUCCCCGGCCUGACCCGAGCGCGGUAAUUGCCCAUCGGUCGCGCGGCUUAGAGGACUCUUUUAAUUUUUGUUUUCUUUCCAAAAGUGUUAACUGAAAUUCUGACAGGGGGAGUAUUUGCACUGUUGUGAAACGUUUGGACUUGUCGGGUUCAGCCCCCUUUUUUUUCCCUCCCUCCCGCGCGUUGAAAAGUGAUUUAGUUAUUUGUCUGCGUGAGUAAUUAGUCGAGUGUUAUUUCAUUUUUUCUUACUGACGCUUUUUCACGGGUCAGGGCCGAACGCGUUACACCUCUGAGUCAGGGGAGGGGGACCUUUUAGCCACCGCCACUGCCGCCGCCAUCUCAAGCGGCCUGGCGUUCGGACCCUGGUGCUAGAAGCCACGUGGUGUUUAUCGCCGUCCGCCGUGAUUGCACAAGUUGUUGGGACAGCUGCUGGAGGCAUUCCCGGCUCUCUCUAUCUCUCCGUGAGCCGCGCGGCAUUCCAGCCCGCCGUGGUCUCCGUUUACAGAGCGGACAGUUUGGUUUGAACACGACAGCUGGAAGCCAAAACUGGCCUUUUGAUAUAAAUCUGCAUCUCCUACACCUCGCCUGGACGCAGCCUUAUAAGCGAUGUCUCAAGACCGGUACGCAGCUGCACGAGGAGCGGAGGAGGUGGAUUAGGAGCAAGAGAGAGAGAGAGAGAGAGGAGGUGAGGGGUGCAGUUGGAAUUCCUAAAUUGCUGAUGGCUUUUGCUCUUUGGCCCGUGGGCACUCGUGAAAGACUCCAGAAGCGGCCUUUGAGAGGCCUUCUAAAGCAGCGCAGCCCACGGAAUGUUUUUUUGGCUGGCAAGUUAUUUUUUUUUCUCCUCCUCACCGUGCGAUUGCGGUUGACCUCGCAUACGGAAUAUAAACGAGGCGGCGGUACAACCGCUCACAGACCACAGCGCGCCCGGCACGCACCCGCCAUGCAUCACGUUCACUUUGCACUAGCCCAUCCGUUGUCACGGCCCUCAUGGUGACUGACGCUCCCUUUAAUUACCCCGCCACUCUGGACAGAACUGUCCCGUUUUAAACUGGCCACCAGAAAAAAAAAUGCAUCUCAUUCUAUCACCCGCUCAUUGCAUUGCGACAAUUUCACACGCUGCUAAUCCGGUCGCUGGGCAAGAGAAAUACACACAGAGCGUGCCGCUGCGGAGACGGAGCGAUGAGAUUGGAUCAUGCGCAGGAAGGAGAUUAGCCGGUGUUUUCAUCCAGCAGUGGGUAGACCACGGCUGAAGUUGAUGCUAAAUAUUUGAUGGUGCUAAUUGACUGCCGCAUUGCAAGUCCGCCAGAAAUGACCAAAAAUCUCGAGCGCAUAUAUCAACCACGCUGCCCUCUAAAGCGAUAGAGCGGGGCCAUUGCCCAACACUUCACCCUUUUUAUAUUUUACUUUCAGACUAUGGGUUAAUGGACAGGUGGGUUUUGUUAUUUGUGCUCGCACGCCACUGCCGGCGCAGCGUCACAAUAAAAAAUGUCCCAUCCGAAAUCGGCCACCCGCGGCACAUUUCAGAGUCCAAGCGGAGACGUCGCACAACGGGGCAGCGGUUGGCAUAACAUUUUAUAUUUGUCGCGGGCGUGCUAUCGAGCAGCUCGUGUCGGUGGAAGGUUUACACCGUGUUACCAACAGUGUUACAUAUGUACGUUGAACUACUUUCGCAACCGUACGUAGCAAACCGCGCUAAUCGGAGGCGCGGGAGAGAGGACGACAAACGGUACGCAACAGCAAGAAGCGGUUCUCAAGAAGUGAGUUUUCAAUCGGCGACGAUUUCAACGAUUUACGGAUUCCGCCACCGCCCGGUGUCGUGGUGGUGGUGGGGAUCGAUCGCCGAUGCCCGCCGCUGGUGGGCACCAGUGGCCAGGGGCAGGCUCUGCCAUGCCUCUGCGAAAACGUCCCCGCUGCCAAGUCGGACAGCUAUCUGGGACGAAAGCUUCGUGGGAGGCGUUUUAACAUUCGGAGACCUUACCGAGAUUGGGGGGUGGAGGUAGCGGAUAUUUUUAGUUUCCGUCGUUGGUGUUCGCGAACGUAGAGUGGAACCAAACGGCGAAGAGAAUGGAUGUUUCAAUAGGAGUGAGGCCAUGACAAAAACAAGAUCACGAGACUGUGUUAUAUUUUUAUAACAAAUUAGCCAUUUUUUUGUUAUUUUUGUAUGAUUUAUUUUUUUACAUUAUGGGGAUGUUUUUUUUUUUGCUGUUAAACAAUCAUGGUGUUCUAUCUCCUCUUAAAUGAUUGUUUUAAACUCGGUGGUGAUGGCCUACAAUAUUUUUUUUUAUGUUCACGAUGUGCUGCGGUGAUGGUUAUUCAUUGCUCAGUUAGGUCCACAAACAGCAUCGAGUCCAGGGCUUCAUUUCAGCUGUAGGAGGAUCUGUCUGGAGCUGAGCUCCAGAUAAUAUAUCCAUUAAACAGGUUUUUUUCAUUUUAUUUUACCAGGUACGGCCCACUGAGCUCUGUAGCUCUUUUUCAGAAGCGACCUGGUCACAAAUGACAGCUCAACGAAGUGGCUUAUCAUCACGUGGAAAUGUAUAACAGCCAAAUACUCCCAAACGCGUGAUGUUGAUUCUAAAUGUGAAGGGAAAAACCGGAGGACCCUAAGGAAAAUCCACGUGACCACGGGGAGGACAUGCAAACUCUAAGUAUACAGCAGGCAUCGUCAGGGUCGGGAUCGAACCCACGACCUCCUGUAUACCAGGCGAGGUCGUUAGCAUCUCCUAGCCACCGUGGCGCCAACAAGAAAGGAAGCCCUGAUCAUGUGACUCAUGAAGGGGGCUUGUUUUCUCAUUACAUUUUCCUCGGCUCCAGAUAAGUGUAAAGAGGGUUGUAAACGUUUUUAUUGUGAUGGACUUCACAGAGCAAUAAAGGGAAUGUACGCAGUUUCGGUUUUAUUUUCGUUUGGAAAGAUGCAAACGUGGGCGGCCAGAGCAUGGAAUCUCAUCGCAUGCCUCGUGAUAAGCGCUCGGCGCCGUGGUAAUCUUCGUGGCAUAAAAUGAAACUCCCUCGGCGCUCGUUCACCCUGUCAGCGAUAACGUCACCGUCACAUCCAUCAACGCCCCGGCCCAGACGUAAUUACUCUUGAGAGCGAACUAUAUUACAAAACAUCGCUCUAUAAAAGACUUCUUUCAGAAGACUAUUUUUUUGGAACGGGGCACCGCUGCAAGGAAAAAAAUUUAAUAAAAAUGGGACGCUGAAAUAAUUAAGUGCGACUCUCUUGCAAAAAAAAAACAUUUCCAUCAGCGAGCAUUUCGGGAACUUGGCCGUACGUGCCCUCGGCCGCGAAAAGCAACGCCGCAGUUGUUGUCGUCUUUUUUUUCUCCGAGGCCGGCCAAGCGUGCGCACGUUUUGUGUAAAUGUUUAAUCUGCUGCGUCGGCGCUGAUUUCUACCGUUGGGUGAGAAAGAGCUCUCCCCGGGGCAAACGGGGCGCAGUGCGAGCAUGUGCCACCAGCCCAACUCCCUGCCGGCGUGCGGUGGCGGCGGUUGUGUAGAUAGACUCCCUCCUCUUCUCUCCUGGGAUGGGGGCGAUUUCGCGUGUGUUUUUUUCUUCCGAUUGUCACUCACCAUUGAGAUAGCGGGUUCGUUGAGCAGAGAUCCUGGCGUUUGAAUCUAGCUGGCCGCCUGGGACGAGUGAGUGGAUGGUUUUGUCCCGGUUAGCACGCAACGAAAAGCCGCCGAGGUACAUAUUGAUGGCCAUUGAAAUUGUCUACAAUUUAGCUUUGGGAAUCGCAAAUACUGGUUUGACUGUCACGUGAUGGCAUAGCAGGUGGGGAAAAGUGCUGCCCUCUACUGUGUGAACCAGAGGUCACUCGAAUGAAUGGAUCUCAGAUGUCGCUCUGUGACAUCCACUUCCACGGGAUGACCUCAAACACAAAAGCCGGCGCCGCUGUGCGAGAAAUCCGAAUGGAUACUUUGGCUCGUUAAAAGGAGCGUGCAAUCACUGUUAAAGAUCGGGGAAAUUAUCAACGGAAUAAUCAGCCGCUGUUCAUGUUCAGUCUGUAUAAUUGUGAAGGAGCCAAAACCAUUAUGUAGACGGACAGAAAGUGUAAUUUCGUGAAAGAGUUGAAUUUUAGUCUACGUUUAAUUUCCCAGAAAUGUAAUGCCCUGAGCUUUUGUGAUUAAUAAAAUGUUAAGGGUACAAAUUAUUUAUACGGCUGUCUGGCCACAUUAAGCAGCCCUGGUCUCGCAUUGCGCUGCACUGGAGGCAAAUUAAAUUUAGUAAGCCGAUUAGAAAAUCGUGCAUUUAAAAUCGUUCCUGCCACCAAUUUUUAUUCCCCCCCCCCCCCCCCCAAUUAAUAUUUAUAAAUUGUACGCAGCACUGCCGUAAUAUUUUAUUAGCCUGGCACAGCGACGUUGAUUAGUUUCAUGAUUAAUACUACAAGGUGUAGGCGCAGCGUGGAAAUCCCAUGCCUCGUGGCACUGCUGGUAGCAGGGCCUACACUAGACGCAAGGGCCUAGGGAGAUUCAAUCCUGAAGGGCGCCUUAGCCUCCUCUUGAUUCUCUAGGUGGAGUCCCCUUCCGCCAGCCGUAGCGUGAGCAAGCAAUUGCAGGGCUGCUCCUUCACCCUCGUACACUGAAAUGCGUUCGGCACGAUUACGAUGGGAUGCCGGCUGCGGAAGAGGAGACCGCAGAGGAGGGGAAUAAGAAUCAAUUAAGGGGCGUCUGCGAAACACCUGGAAAUUUGUUGAUGAAGAGCUUCAUGGCUCGUCGGAUUUCUCCGGGGAAAAAUACAUUUUCCCAUUCUGAUUCUGAACACACUUCUUGAAAUAAGACAAAAUAACGUUUUUUUUUUAAAACACCAAGAAGCUAAACCAAGAGGAAAUUAUUUGAAUCGAUUCUUGAAUAAAAUCGUGACCCUCGCGAGUGAAUCGUUCCAUAUCUGGUGACCCCCCCCCCCCCCCGCCAAAGGACUCAUGUUAAGGCCGAGUUGACCGAGGGGAUGUUCAGGCCUCGUUACCUCUGACGGAGAAGCAAAGCUGACGGACGUUCCCACUCUAGCUGCUUCCGUACAACUAGACUCCGCGCCGCGGCACGCCGCAGCCGGAGCCGGCCACGGCGCCCGCCUGGCCCGGCCACUUCGUUAAACCGCGCCGAGGUUCGGAGGCCAAAGGUCCCCCCCCCACUCCCUCCUACACACCACGCGGGGUCACGGGCGCAGGUCACGCGUCGACCCCGCAGAGCCCAAAGAUCGGCGCGACGUGGGAAGGUUGGAAGUGUUUACGAUGCGCCGAGACUCACAAACCGCCGAGUGUUAUCGGUGCGGAUGUUUGUUGAGCCAGCGCCAUACGGUUAUUGCUCUUCUUGUGGUUAUUGUUAUUAUUUAAUGAACAGAAAGGCCUUCGAACGGGUCGAGAAGGCGAUUUGCUUUUCUUCCCUCUGAAGUUGUUCGGCGUUGACGGACGUACGGCCGAGGAAACGUGAGUGCGCCUCUGUGAUGCGGUGCUCAAUUCCAGGUGCGUCACGAGUUUUACUGUGAACCCCGAAAGUGAACAAAUCCAUCUUUCCACCUGGCCAGGGAGCAGGGAGAAGCAAACGAAGGCUGGGUUGUGCACAAGCAGGGCUUAGGGUUAGAGAUAGGGACGGUGCUAUGGCGAGACUCUGGAUGGCUAGCGGGGAGUUGGCGUUCCGGCCGGGGUUAGGGUCAGGGUCUGGUAUGCUGAGCUGAUCAAGAUUAAGGUCUAGCUAUGAACUGUUUGCCUCACUGUGGAGCGUGGUUAAGGUUAGCGCCAGGGUAUGGUGAUAGCAUGGUUCGGGUUUUGCGGUUCGCUUGGCUAGUAAAGUCAAAGAUUAGUGCUCGGGUUACUGUGCAGUUGGCGACUGCGGUUGUGGUCAUUGCCGUGGCUAGGAUCUGAUAGGCUCGGGUAGUUGGAGUAAAGUACCUGGUUAGGGUCUGGUUGGCUAUGCCUACGGUGUAGUGCUGUUUAUUGCUGUGGUUGGGGUCUGGCCGGCUCUUGCCGUACAGCCCCGAACCCCCCGCCCCGCACCAAUCCCACGCACGGCGCGAUGCCCAGGCGAGACCGUUGUCCGUUGAAUUCGCGUUACUACCGGCAGCGCGCGUUACUGCGAUCUGCUAGGAGUUCAAUUAGACAACUGCUAUUUUGGAUGCCAUUUCUUUAUUGUGGUAUCACGUGUGAAAAGGAAACGGCGGGCGCGGGGGGGGGCAGCCGUCAAUUGCGAAUCGUCGAAUCGUUUUCCGAGCGCAGUCGCGUGUUUUUAUUGCGGCUUUUAAUUCGUCUGUCUCGGUUUAAUUUUGCUUAAAUGGUGAAUUUAAGCAGGCGAGGAGCGGUCCGUCAAAUACUCAAUUACUCACACCGUUUUCGAGAGAACGACGAUUGUUAAUGAGCCUCCUUCAUGAAUAAAUGGUCCAUCUCCUGCCUUUUAAAUUGCGCGGUUAUAAUCCCCCCCCCGCUCCCCCCCGUAAUUUAUUAACGCAACAUAUAAAAGUGUUGCAUUUUGAGCGCGGUUUCAGAUAAAUGUUUUGCGUUCAAGUCAGUGUUAACAUUAUUCAUCUAAAUUAAGUUUACACGUUCUGCCUUUAUUUUUAACAUCACUCUCCUUGAGCUGGGCUUGUCACUGCUGCUGCUACCGCCGCCACCGCCGCUGCUGCUGUACAGCCUAAGUGAUGUAUAUAUGUCAAUAUUAAACGCUUAAUUUAUACGGCUGCAUUAAGCAGCCAAGCUUGCCUUAAUAACGAUGAAUGACGUGCCAUUUCUCAUCGCGUCAAUUGUGAAAGAGAGUUUUUUUGCGAAUCAUUCCGCCGACAUCUGGGUGAUUAACGAGCCGGGCACGGGGGGUGUGUUCGCAAUCCGUGGCUUUGUCGAUUUUCACCGACGAUAAAUUUCCGGCAGAAACGUUUUAAUUAAUUCACGGCAGAGCGGGCGGCCCCUGCAAUUACCGAACAGCAACAACCCCAGAAUCUAGUUUAUUCACAUUAAAACGAGAAUUGCUCUCGCCCAUCUCACCGCGGUGAUGACCUCCCAGGUUCCGCUGGCUUGCGACGGGAAUCAUCCGGCUGUCUUGAGUUCCCACUCGAUCACAAACACACCCCGACCUCAAUUCAUUUGUGAUUGUUCCAUUGGCAGAGAGAGACAGAAAGGUGGCAGGCAGAGAGACCCGCCACUCUGCACCAUCUCCCUGCGUCGACUCUCCGAUGUGUCGGGGUUUCGGGUCAUCGCCGCCUGUUGUUGUUGUUGUUGUUCUUGUUCGGCACGAUGCCCGACGUUUCGCCCCAGGUAACCCCCCCGGGGUUGCUCCUUCAGAAUUUGGUUCCUGACAGAGGUCGACCGGCGCGUGCAGCGAAACGUCGGACGUCGCAACACGAAAUGACAUGGCCGCGGAAAAAAAACCACCGACAUUGCCCCCCCUCCCCAACUCUCGCCACGGCCUCUUGGUGCCAAGGGAUGUCCAUGGGAAAGGAGGGGGGGGGUCUGAUGGUGGGGGGCGCGGAUGUCGGCCAGCCGUGGGCCAUGCACAGUCGCGUUAAGACGGGAUAGUGGUGCGCGUGUCCGGGCUCGCCUGUGCGGGAGCGCUUGAACUCCGUGAGUUACACGUCGUGUCAAAGAAUAAAGGCCUUGAGUUGUCAUGUGUGACCGAGUGUGACUUUUCUUGUAGUUAUCCCACGGGACCUUGUUUAUGGCAGUGUGAAUGUGUGAAAAUUAAGACUAAGUGUUUUAGCCUGUCUGGCAAUUGAACAGGAGUUGUGUGUAGAUGUACAAACACCAAAUAGAAACCUUCAGCAAUUAAUCAAGUGACUGCAUUACGCACGCAGUCCUUGUGGUGAACAUUUUGGCAUUCUCUGGUCUGACACUGGCGAGACGAGGCCAUGAAGAAGGCUGCUGCUGUGUCUGGUGUAGGCCAAUCAGGUGCAUCGAUAAUGCCCAUCGAUUAUAAUCACAGAGCGUGUUGUGUUUGCAUGUUCACCACAGUACUGGAUUCCUUGCAAUAAAAGGUUUCUAUUUGGUGUUUAAACAUCUUAACACCUCCUGGUUUAUUGCCAGAAAGAGUAAACACCUAUUAUUAUGUUGUUGUUUUAAACAUUGAUUUUCAAUCUAGUGAAGCCUCCAGCACGUGCAUCAUUCCGCUUUACAUGCCAGGGCAGCGCCAGCAGCAGCAGCAACGACAAACACAUUGCCGGGCGUGUUUACUUCUGGGGCAAUUUACUCUCUCUCUCUCUCGAGUGUGGGAAAGCAUUACAC